GGUGGUCGAGCUGGUGCUCGAUGUGCUCGAGGUACUCGACGUAGAUGUAGUACUGGACGUCGAGCUUGUGGAGCUGGUGCUCGAAGUCGAUGAUGUGCUCGAGGUCGAGCUAGUGCUCGAUGUGCUCGAAGUACUAGUGGUCGAGCUGGUGCUCGAUGUGCUCGAGGUACUGGUGGUCGAGCUGGUGCUCGAUGUGCUCGAGGUACUAGUGGUCGAGCUGGUGCUCGAGGUACUGGUGGUCGAGCUGGUGCUCGAUGUGCUCGAGGUACUCGACGUAGAUGUCGUACUGGACGUCGAGCUCGUGGAGCUGGUGCUCGAAGUCGAUGAUGUGCUCGAGGUAGAGCUUGUCGAGCUGGUCGAGCUUGUGCUCGUCGUGCUCGAUGUAGACGAAGUGCUGGAGGUCGAGCUCGUCGAAGUCGUACUCGAUGUCGAACUGGUUGAACUUGUUGAGGUUGUGCUUGAGGUUGAGCUAGUUGAGCUAGUCGAACUCGUCGAGCUCGUCGUGCUGGUGCUUGAUGUGCUCGUGGUGCUUGAUGAUGAAGAUGUGCUCGAGGUAGAGCUCGUACUCGUCGUGCUAGAGGUGCUGGAAGAGCUCGAAGUACUCGAGGCGCUAGACGUACUAGAUGUGCUAGAAGUGCUCGAUGUGGACGAGGUGCUGGAGGUGAAGCUUGUUGAAGUCGUACUAGAUGUAGAACUAGUCGAGCUGGUCGAGCUGGUUGAGCUUGUCGACGUUGUGCUCGAGGUCGAGCUGGUUGAGCUAGUCGAGCUGGUCGAGCUAGUCGAGCUAGUCGAGCUAGUCGAGCUAGUCGAGCUGGUCGAGCUGGUCGACGUUGUGCUCGAGGUGCUCGAAGUCGAGCUGGUCGACGUUGUGCUGGAGGUCGAGCUGGUUGAGCUAGUAGACGUUGUGCUCGAGGUCGAGCUGCUCGAGCUAGUCGAGCUGGUCGAGCUGGUUGAGCUUGUCGACGUUGUGCUCGAGGUCGAGCUGGUUGAGCUAGUCGAGCUGGUCGAGCUAGUCGAGCUAGUCGAGCUAGUCGAGCUAGUCGAGCUAGUCGAGCUGGUCGAGCUGGUCGACGUUGUGCUCGAGGUCGAGCUGGUCGAGCUGGUUGAGCUAGUAGACGUUGUGCUCGAGGUCGAGCUGGUUGAGCUAGUCGAGCUGGUCGAGCUAGUCGAGCUAGUCGAGCUAGUCGAGCUAGUCGAGCUGGUCGAGCUGGUCGACGUUGUGCUCGAGGUGCUCGAAGUCAAGCUGGUCGACGUUGUGCUGGAGGUCGAGCUGGAUGAGCUGGUUGAGCUAGUCGACGUUGUGCUCGAGGUGCUCGAAGUCGAGCUGGUCGAGCUGGUCGACGUUGUGCUGGUGGUCGAGCUGGUCGAGCUGGUCGAGCUGGUCGAGCUGGUGCUAGAGGUGCUCAAGGUUGAUGAAGUGCUCGAGGUCGAUGAUGUGCUCGAGGUCGAUGACGUGCUCGAGGUCGAUGACGUACUCGAGGUGGAGCUCGUCGAAGUAGUGCUAGACGUCGAGCUCGUCGAGCUGGUGGAGCUCGUCGAGCUCGUCGAGCUGGUGCUCGAGGUGCUCGAAGUCGAGCUGGUCGAGCUGGUCGACGUUGUGCUGGUGGUCGAGCUGGUCGAGCUG